CACCAGCCAAUCCGCUUUCGUCCGCGCCUUUCAUCCCAAACCCCAAAACCCUCGCAGAAACCGCAUUUGCAUAGAAGAAGAAGAAGAAGAAAAGAUGGGCAGCAGAUUGGGAAGAAGAGUAAUCCACUUCGCGAAUCUCCCCAUAAAACUACUGAUGCCAUCUUCUUUCCAAAACAUCAAAGAAAUCGCUCUCAAAACCAUCCCCUCCGCUUCAAAGAUCGAAAUUAAGAGGGUUCUUGAGACCCUUUAUGGCUUCGACGUCGAGAAGGUCCGAACCCUGAACAUGGAAGGCAAGAAGAAGAAACGUGGCGGGAUCUUGAUCGCCAAACCCGACUAUAAAAAGGCUUAUGUCACCCUCAAAAGCCCACUCUCCAUCUCUCCCGAUCUCUACCCGAUCCGUCUGAUCGAAGAGGAGCGGCGGAACGUCAGCAAACAGUCCAAGUCGAGUGUCGUCGAGGACCGUGAGAUCAGAUCGCAUUGGCUCGACGGUGGGGAUGAUGGCAGCAGGGUUAGGCCAGGGAAGCAGCCGCCUGCGAGAGAAGAUCGGAGGGCUGCUGCUGCAGCUAGAGCUGCUGCGGCUGACACUGCUGCCGGGAAGAGUAAGUUCCCAUGGAGUAGCAUGCGGUCUUGGAGGUAAUUUUUGAGUUCUUGCAUUUUUAGGGAAUUUUGAAAUCUUGUAUUUGGAUUCUGCAUAUUUGCGUUUGGAAUUGUGAAUUUAGAGACAUUUAGGUGUAAGGAAAUCUGAAAUAUUGUCUUUGGAUUUUGCCGGUUUGUGUUUGUU